GAGAGAGAGAGAGAGAGAGUGAGAGAAAGGAUGAAGAGCCGAUUGUAGGGAAAAGAAGUAAAACGAUCUGAGCUCAGAGAAGCAAGAUAGUCGGGAGGAAGGAGAUCAUCAAAAGAAAUAAGAUAUGGGUUUGUCCGAAGCUCAGGCACGGUGCAAGAAGCACCCCAAGCACAGGCAGUCACCUGGUGUAUGUUCGUCUUGUCUAAGAGAGAGACUCUCUCAGCUCUCCUCUGCUACUUCGCGCAGAACAACUGCAGCUUCGUCUUGCUCUUCUUCUUUAUCUUCUUCGCCUUACUCUUCUGAUUCUUCUUCCUGUUCUUCUCCACUUAGCCAACCAAAUGCUUCGCAAGUGAAAGGUCCGGUAUGUUUCCUGAAAAGUGGUAAUGAUGGGCUCAUGAGGAGCAGAUCGAUUGCGUUUGUUACUCGAAACCGAAUUGCAGCAGAGAUUACGGACGAGAAGAAGAAAGGUGGGUUCUGGUCCAAGCUGCUUCGUUCGACUUCGACCAGUAAGAGAACGAAGGGCGCGAUGAUGCACUCCAGGACGGUGAGGGAGAGAGCCAAUAACGUUGUUUAUUAAAACGAAGAUCGUGUUGUAUUAAUAUUUUGCUCUCUUUCUCUCUUUCUGUCUCUUCAUAAAAAUAAUAUCAUCUAAGUUCGUCUGGUUUUACA